AUGACUUCUCUUUCACAACAACUUGCUAGUCUGGCGCAGUCUACGGCGACGGUGGCGUUGGACCGCAAAAAGAGGUCCAAGAUCCACUCCGUCUCUCUGAUAUACGACCCCAAGUACGCGGCGACCCAGGAUUACGAAGAGAUUUAUGAAGAUUCGCUCGAGGCAUUUGAGGAACUUUGUUCACUGGACAACAGGAUCACUGGAUUUAAAGACUCCAUCUUCUCGGAAGCCAGUGUCAGAAUAGAUAGACUGGUCCAGACUAAGGAACAAAACGAAGACCUGGAUAAUACUAUAGAGGCAUUUCUGAGUUUGGUAUCACCCUUCUUCAACUUGUCCAUUGCCAUCAGAGCAAUUGAAUGGCUUGUGAGAAGGUUUCAGAUCAAUGUGCACUCAGCUGAGAAACUGAUUCUGUGUUCGUUGCCAUACUUUGACCAACCUGUGUUUUUGAGAGUAAUCAACGUGGUAACCACAUUUCCUCCUCUCUUUGCUUUUUUCACAGAAUUCAAGAAGGCCAAGUUGGACAAGGGCCCUUCAAGGCAUCUGAUCAUCAAGCACUUCAAAGACUUGCAAACUCUCAGUCUAUUCACCAACCACAUCAAGGACCUCAUAUCCAAGAAGAUAGAGUACCAGCAGCUGUAUGUGUUCUACAUUUCUGUGUCUCUUUCCGCAAUAGCUUCCCUGAAUAGGUCUGCCGAAUUUGUGGACUUUGUUCCUAUUUUUCUGGAAGUUUCGUCGACUUUGUUGAGUUCUGCGAGUGAUGAGGCUAAGAUAACAGCAUACACCAUCCUGGCUGUGCUCUCCACUGCCAUCCCUCUAUCUAAGGACGUUCUCAUGGCCAUCAUAGACACGAUUCUGGCAUUUCCAUCAGGAAAGACUGUUAAUGAACAAGGAAUAGCCACAAUUCUAAAGCUGUAUCAGUCUUUGAAUGUUGGUACUCUGGACCCAUUUUCGGUUAAGAUGACCCGCAAGCUGUUAAAGCAGCAUAAAUUGCUGUUCCCAUUGCUUCAUAAAGCGAAAAGUAACGACAACUUUUCUAGUUGUUUGGUUAACUCCUUAUUGCAACAUGAUUUGGAGCUGGAGGUUGUUUUGAGAGAGUUGAAAACUCUCUCCACGACUACUCAGAACAUCUCAGUUAUUGUACAAACCGUUUUGUCAAAAGUAUCUGAAUCAGAGGAUGCUUUUAAGUAUGCUGAGAUUGUGAAGGUUCUCCUCGAAAAGGACAGAAGUGCAGUUGUGGAGACCGUCACAGCGGCGAGAUCCAUGGACUGGCUGGAGAUGAAACUUCAAACCGUUCUCAUCGAACAGGCUGAGGACGAGGACGUUUCUAUGGACGGCUCCGGAGACGAGCAGUUUGUGAUCGCCGAAGAUGAAGAGGAGCUCAGCACCCUUCUCGAAAAUGUUGGAGGUGCCACUGCCGACUCGUUCUUCGUCGUCGAGAAGGACAACAUUAUGAAGCUGUUUGUCCAGGCCAUUGACUCUAAGCUCGUUUCUCUGUUUGAGGAAAGAGUUUUCCAGACCAUUGACUCUAAGGUAAGUUUCACCAUCAGGACAGGUCUUACUUCCAAAUUGCCUCUGAAAGUAAGAAUGGCAGCUUUGCAAUCGCUGCUGAAGACAAUCCAGGGCGAAGAGUUGAAUUUCUACCCAGUGGUCCCCCUUCUUUUGGCCUUGCUCGCUGAUUCCAGAGAAGUUGUUCGUUCUCUGACUGCUCAAAUUGUCCAAGAAAUUGCAUCCAAACAGACCACAGCAAAGACUCCACUCAUAUCUCUGAAACUUUCAGACAACGAGUUAAGUUUGCUGGCUCCUCACGAUGGCAUUGCAUUUGUCAAGAAGCUGGCUGAUCAUGUACAGAACUGUGCAUACGAUGAGACCAGCGUCAUCAAACUUGUUUCUGCUAUCAGUUCGGAAAAGAAAUCAGGCAAGCUGGUUCUUUUGGCACUCGUCUCAUACGCCGAACAAAGCUCUAUCCCAGCAGUGAAAGCUACAAUUUUCGAUUGUGUUUCUGCAACCAAGGGGGCCUUACCAUUUUCUUUGUUUGAGUCGUUCUUGUCGAGUUACAUCUCUUCUAGGGGCGUUUGGGAGAUCUCAUGCGAAUCAUUCGGGUUUUCUUUCAAGGACUUCGAAGACUCCGUCUUUGGCCUGUUGUCUGCAAAGGACAAGUCUGCAGCUUCUCUGAAGUUUUUGGAAGACUCCUUGGCAAGUACUUCACUGCAACUCUCUGAGACCUCUCAAAAGAAGAUCGGUUCCAUCUUCGAUUUGUUGAAGUUUGAGUCUCAAGUCCAAUUGGUUCAGUUCAUCAUUGACCAUUCCCAGCAAGAUAUCAACUUCGACCCUGUCGGACUGCUGCAAUCUUUGCAUUUGCCGAGCGCUAUUUUCGUGAAGAUUUUCAAGGAAUCGAGUUUGCAUCAGUCUCAACAACCAGACUCUCCUGCUGUUCCAAAGAGAAGAAGAAGAUCCUCUGCAUCCACCAGAGCAGCUUUGAAAGACGAGCAGGUUUCCAGAAUUGCGGUGGAUCAUCUAGAGAAGUUGACAGUAAUUCUCCAAGUUUUAGAACAAACGUCCUCAUCCGGCUUUGAUCCAGCUUUCGAGCUUUUGCAGUUACUGUUUGACCUCUUGGACGAACUUGAAACUCUUGGUAACGAUGGAAAACUAGCCGUGUAUUACUCACAAGAGGUGUUGGCUGCGUGUAUGCUGAACGUGAUAGCAGGCCUCAAGUCUUCUAAGGCAAAACCACCCUCUCUAUCAGUCAGAGCAGACGUUGUUGUGUCUUCAAUCAGGUCGUCCAGCUCUCCACAGGUGCAAAACAAACUUCUGUUGGUGAUGGCUGCUUUGGCCACUCUUUCUCCAGAGACUGUGCUGCACUCUGUGAUGCCAAUCUUCACCUUCAUGGGAGCUCACACCAUCAGACAAGAUGAUGAGUUCUCAAGCCAUGUUCUCGAAAGAACAGUACAAUGUGUCGUUCCUGCAUUGGCAAUGAGCGCUAAAGAUGGCCAGAUCAGUGAUGAGAUUGAAUUUCUCAUGGCCAGUUUCACCAGCGCCUUUCAACAUAUCCCAAGACACAGACGUGUAAACCUGUUCACCAACCUGGCUAACUCCCUGGGCGGAGAGACUUCGGUGCAUUUGGUGACUUUCCUGUGUGCUGAACAGUUCUACCUUGCUUCCGAGAAAAACAAGAUUGCUGAAUGCCGUUCGCUGACUGAGUUCGUCUCGUCUUUCAUAUCCCAUUUCUCUCCAAAGAUCCAGCUGACUGCCAUCCAUGAGUUUCUCAAGAUCUGGCAGAUCAUUCCUGCUGUUCAACUUGGACCGGAUGAUGAGCUGACCCACACGAUCUCGGUUAGACCUGUAUUUGACUCAUCGAUUGUGUCGAUGUCAACCGAGGAAUUGAUAUCUUUGAGAGCUUCGUUGAUUAACUUCUUGCACAGCUGUCUCGUUCCGAGUGAAGCGAAAUCUGGAAUAUCCAACUUGAAGCUCAAGAUUGUUGCUCUCUUCCUAGAUCAAUCCAGCCCAGAUUCUAUAAAGGAGGUAUUAGGAUCGUUUGGUUCAAACGUGGAGCUUCUCCUGGAGAUUCUGCAAAGUGUUGAUGGCGAAGAUUCGAGUUCAAUCUUGACAGAUUCUCUCUAUGCUCUUCUAGAAGACUUGCUUGACGUGGUGCCAGUUGCCGAAUUCGUGGAGGCAAUUGUUCCUAUCAUCUCUGAAUCUGAGCAGAUCUCAGUAUCAACUGUGAGGAACGUGACACUUCUAGCCUCCACCAAAUUCAGCUUGGAGUCUUCUGAAGAUCUUGCUGCACAAGCAGCGGCGUUGACCUUGAUUCCAGCGCUCCUCUCGAAUAUCUCAUCAAGCUCAAGUGUCGAAGUUGCCCAAGCUUCAUGGAAUACCCUCGGAAGCUUGGUGCUCAAGUUCAACGACAAACUGGACUCCAAAUUGCUACUGGAGUGUUUGGCUAUAGCCACUUCCAAGACUGGCCUUCUGAACACCACCCCGGAGAUAAUCAUCUCUUCUGUUACCUGCAUUGCAUCGAUUGUGUCAGUUCUUGGAGUAAAGAGCAUCGGUUUCUUGCCCCAGAUCAUAUCGCCUGCUUUUGAGAUUUUCAAGUCUGCAGUCGAAUCUGAAGAUGAAUCUUCAUCAGAGCUCAUCCAGAGCUCUGUCCUGGCACUGUUUGGUUGCUUCAUCAGAAGGCUACCCUCCUUCAUUACCCCAAACCUCAAGGAUAUCCUCAGGGCUGUUUUCGAUGCUUCUCUCGUCGGAGAGUCCACCAAAUCUUCAGUGUUGACCCUCAUCGUCCAGAAUCUAGAAAUCAAAACUGUUAUCGCUUCUCUGUGCUCUCUAUGGAAAAACGUGAGUGCUUCUGAAGACGCUUCUUCGGUUGGGUUGUUCCUGUAUGGAAUGGAGAUGACCGUCGAGGAGGCCGAUAAGAGAACUGCUGCUGCUCAGGCUUCGGUGUUCUUCAAGUUCUUUAUGCAUGCUCUCGAAUACAGAGCAAACUCUGGUUUCGAUACCAACACUGUUUACAGGAUCGAGUCAUCGCUGUACCAGUGCGGUAUCAACUAUGUCAUGAAGCUGAAUGACAAGAACUUCAGACCCCUGUUUGCAGGUUUGGUGAGAUGGGCCUUUGACGGAGAAGGGGUUAUCUCUGUAAUCACUGAGGUGGAGAGGCUUGAGUCUUUCUUCAGAUUCUUCAACAAGCUCCAGGACAGUUUGAAGUCUAUAGUCACUGGCUAUUAUUCGUACUUCUUCGACUCGACAGUUGAUCUCUUGGGAAAAUUCAGUUCUGGUGACUUGAAGAACAUCACACUAAGACGUGUCGUUCUGAUCUCUCUGACCACAUCUUUCAAAUUCGAUCAGGAUGAGUAUUGGCAAGCACAAUCAAGAUUCGAGUCUAUUUCCAAGGCUCUGUUUGAUCAGCUGAGCAACAUCGAAGAGACAAUUGCCAAGUACUUGGUGAAGGCCAUCACUUCUCUGUGCCAGGCUUGUUCCACCGAUGUCCACAACAAGGCCAUCAACGAGCUGAUGUUGCAACACAUCAGAAGCGAGUGCAAACCAAGGGAAAAAUUCUGGGCUGUGAGAACAAUGAAGACAAUCUAUCAAAAGGUUGGUGAAAGCUGGCUGGGUCUGUUGCCACAGUUGGUUCCUUUGAUUGCAGAGCUGUUGGAGGAUGAGAACGAAGAAGUUGAGAUGGAAGUUAGAAAGGGACUUGUGAGGGUCAUUGAGACAGUCAUGGGUGAACCAAUGGACAGAUAUUUGGAAUAA